AUGUCCCCCACGUACGAGGAUCUCUGGUUCGGUCUGACUCCCCAAGAAGCUGCCAAAGAGGCCUACGACAUCAUCGUCGUCGGCACCGGCAUGGGUGCUGGCGUUCUCGCUGGAGACCUCUUCGACACCAACUCAAAGCUGGGCAACAAAGCCAAAAACAUCCUCGUCAUCGAGAAGGGUGGCCUUAGCUUCCACUCCCACUGCUUGAACGCCUCCCGACCGGGUGGCUUCGGUGAGGAUCGUGGGCAGCAGAACGACACCUUCUUCUCUCUCUUCAAAAAGAACUACACCUUCAGCGACCCCUCCUACGCUGAGCAAUGGAAGGCUGGGGAGAUGUUCAAUCUCGGGGGCCGUGGCGCCGCCUGGGGUCUCUUUGCUCCCCGCAUCCACGACGACACCCUCGACGAGGAGUUUGGCAAACCACUCCGACAAGAACUGGUUGGACACUGGUAUCGGAAAGCGGAAGACCUCAUGGGCCUGUUCCAGCCCACCACAAACACUUACCAUGCAUCCUUAAUGGAGCGACUCAACAUGGUUAGCGAGCGCGAAUGCCAGUGGCAAUGGGGUCGUAUCGCAUCCGAGUUCAAGGACGAGAAGAACUUCGACUUCGCCAAAGGUGCCUUCAGCCCGAUCGACAAGCUGCUCGAGAUAGCUAUGAGCAAGGAUCGCAGCAAAUCCGGCCAGAGCAUCGAGCAUAGGAACUUCAAGCUUCUUCUCAACUCCGACGUGCGUAGUUUGCAGCAGGACGACAAGGACGGCAUGUGCUACUCCGGAGUCUGGGUUCGCGAUUCGAAGGGAAAGGACACCCUGAUCAAUCUCAAGCCCGGAGGCACGAUCGUGCUGGGAGGUGGUAGUGUUGGGUCCCCUGCCAUCCUUAUGCGCACCAGUACCAACCUCACCGACACCCUUCAGAAAAACGGAGGGCUCCAUCUCACUGACCACGACAUCUUUGCCGCGACGGCAACGUUUGCAUGGCAGAGUGACGACAUUCGGGAUAAAGUCGGAGCGAUGAAACUUCAGACGUGGGCCAGGUGCAAGAAAUCUAAGAGGAUCGCUCUCCUCAACGUUGCCGUCGACGCAAGUUCUUUCCUUCCUCGCUCCUUCUACCCUGAUCAGGCGCGGUACACGAACAAAGAUUACCCCAAGAUGAUCGCGGCCUUCAUCUUGCCAGAGCCACUUCUUCCCACCAACACUAUCAAGCUCGACUCUUCCCCGAGCGAUCCCAAGAAGCGUCGCGACGCUGAACCAAUUGUCGCUGCCGGGAGAAGGGCUCCCUUCAACACGACCCCCGAAGACAGGGAAGACCUCGCCGAUCUCCGCGAACUCACGGAGACAAUCUUCGACACCAUGCAGGCAGAACUCAAGCUAUGUGAUGUAUACCUCACAGACCAGGAGGGUGCCGAUGACGACAAGUUCUUCAAACCUCUUGAACUCGGCGGUGUCGCCCACGAACUAGGAACUAUCCCGAUGCGCCGUGGGGAGAAGGAUGACCCGCAUUGCCUCGACGAGAAUCUUUUGCUUCGGGACACCACGAACGUCUACGUUUGCGACCUCUCCCUCUUCCCCUUCUCUCCUGAGGUCAAUCCGACCCUGACCCUUGUCGCUCUCGCCCUUCGACUCUCCCGCCAGAUUCUUAGCCCGAAAAUCAUCGACACAAAAGGCAACGACGAGCCCGGCUCUUAUCUUACAGUAGCCCGGGCCCAAGUGCGCCGUUGGGUUGUUAAUCAAACCGGAGAUCCCAUCAAGGUCCAAAUUUCCAACAUUUCCGGAGUUGCCCUCGGUAACAAGUUCAUCGACGAGAAACCCGAGCCUGAGGCUGCCAAUGCCGAGACGAUCCUUGAGCCCGGAGAGGUGCUCGAGGUUGACAGGGACAGCAAGACCGACGAGACGGUACGGGUUUACAGGCUCAUGUUUGGUGUUGAUUGGGAGGAGUGGAAGAAGAUGACCAACAGGACACCGGAGGACCCCUUCCUUACUCGCCCCGACCACUACAUCGCCUCGCCCCAAAAGGUCUGCGCCAUCCUCUGA